AUGAGCCAUGACCAGGACGUUAUGAUGAGUGAAGGAAGAAAUUCUGCCUCCGAUGAAAUUUCAUCAAAGAAGAAUAUGGAAAUCGGAAAGGAAUUAAAAUUAACGAGAAUAAUUGUCAAAGGAUUACCAUCACAUGUAACAAAUUCACAGUUCAAAAAAUUAUUUGAAGAAUUUGGACAAGUAACCGAUGCCAAGAUUAUGCAAACCAAGACUGGUAAAAGUAGAUGUUUUGGAUAUAUAGGAUAUAAGAAACACGAGGAAGCUGUACAUGCUAUCAAUGAAAGACAUCAAACUUUUAUUGGUAUGGCUAAAAUUAUUGUGGAGUUUGCUUUGCCAUAUAAUGAUUCGAGAUUAGAUGCUCCAAGGAGUAAACAUUCAAAUGUUAAAGCAGCCACAUCAGCAUCAGGUGUUAAAUCGAGUACUUUUGAAAAGAAGGACGUUAAUGAAGAAGUGGACCAAUUUCUUAAUGUCGGAAAGAAAAAGGCAUCAGCUCCUAAAUUUUGGGAAAACGAUCUUGAAGAUGAAUUUGAUGAUCAAUUAAAGAAGGAUAAAAUUAUAAACGAGAAGGACGAUAAUAACGAAUCAGCAACAAAGAAGAAACGUGAAGAGGACUCAAAGAUAGAACCUGCAGAAAAGGAAGACGUUUUAUAUUUUGAUGAGAAUGAUGAUGAAGAUACUGGAAGAUUGUUUGUUUACAAUUUGCACUUUACAACAACAGAAGACGAAUUGAAGGAAUUAUUUGAACCAUUUGGUGAAAUUUCCGAAUUACACAUUCCAAUUGAUAAUGAAACCAAAAUCUCAAGAGGUGUUGCCUUUGUUCAUUUCUUGAUCCCAGAAAAUGCUGACAAGGCCAAAAAGGCUCUCCAUAACUCAAUCUUCCAAGGAAGAAUGAUUCACAUUGCCAAAGCUAAGGAGAAGCCAAACUUUAAUGUAGAGAAGGAAAAUAUGUUCUUGGGUAAAUCAAAAUUCAAAAGAGAACAACUCAAGAAAUUGAGAGAACAAGCUGGAUCAUCACAUAAUUGGAAUGCAACACAUAUGGCCACUAAUACUGUCAUGGAAAGUAUGAGUAGACAACUAGGUGUAUCAAAGAGCGAAUUAUUGAUGAAUAACAAGGAUUUUUCAAAUGUAGAUGAUAAUGCUGCUGUGAGGAUGGCCUUGGCAGAAACUGAACUUAUCAAACAAACUAAGGAAGAACUCCAAGAUCACGGUAUUAAUUUGGAUUUAUUGAAUAAGCCUGCUAACCAAGUCAAACAAUCUAGAACCACCAUCCUCGUCAAGAAUAUUCCAUUCAAUGAAAAUACUGAAAAACUGAAACAAGAACUCUAUGAUCUCUUUGCUUUCAAAACAAGAAGAAUUUCCAGACUAAUUAUUCCAUCAUCAAGAACCAUUGCUCUCAUUGAAUUUUAUGAACCAGUUGAAGCAAGACAAGCAUUCACUCACUUGGCUUAUAAGAAUUUUUACAAUGUUCCACUCUAUCUUCAAUGGGCUCCAGAAGGUGUUUUACCUCCAAAGAAAGAAGAAGAAAAGAAGGAGAAGAAGGAAGAGCAAGAAAAGAAGGAAGAAAAGAAGAAGGAAGGUCCAGUUAGAGUUGCUGAUGAAGGUGACGAUAAUCAACAAUCCACCGUCCUCUUUAUCAAAAAUCUUAACUUUAAGACAACUGAAGACAGUCUCAGAGAAUUAUUCAAGAGUUAUAAUCCAAGAUCUGUUCGUAUUGUUGUUGAAAAUGGUAAAAGCAAAGGUUUUGGUUUCGCUGAAUUUAACAAUGUUAAAGAAGCUGUUAAAGCACACGAGGAAUUACACAAUGCCCAAUUAGAUAACCACAUCCUAGUUAUUCACUACUCAAAUAUUCAAUCCAAUGUAAAGACUUCAACAGAACCAAAACUCAAAAAGCAAGAUGUUUCAUUCAAGGAUGAAGAAAAGGGUGUUACUGUUACCUUCAAAAAGUUGGUUGUCAGAAACGUUGCUUUCGAAGCUACUCGUCAAGAUUUACUCCAAUUGUUUAGUGCCUAUGGUCAAGUUAAAACAGUUCGUUUACCAAAGAAGGUUGGUUCAAACUCUCACAGAGGUUUCGCUUUUAUUGAAUUUGUCUCACCAAAAGAAUGUCAUGCUGCCUACCAAGCUCUCAAACAUAGUCACUUGUAUGGCAGAACCUUAAAAAUUGAAUUCUCAGAAGAUGUCAAUAUGGAUAAUAUCAAAGAUGUACAUGCAAGACAAAAAGAAGAUUAUUUGGAAAAGGAAUCAUCGACAAGGAAGAAUAGUUCAGGAAAACGUAAAAGAGAUGCCUUCUUGUAAAUUUUAUAUUAACAGAAUUGUAAAUAAAAAAAUAUUUUCAAACU